AUGUCAUUCAUCUCUAUCAUACAAACAUUCCGUACGCAACUGGAUCUGCCCCCUGAAUUGUCUUGCGAAGACGUUCUGCGUGCGGCUUACCCUUUGUUGGCCGGACUACCAUACCCCUCCGAACCAGCAGCUGUUGGUUUGUGGCCUGCUGCACAGUGGUUGGCGAACAAGUUUUUUGGCCCGUCCAGUAUACCUUCCAACGAGCAGUUCACACCCACUGUCAGGCUGCCACCCGAAUCAUUUCCCAUCGGAGAGCCUCCGAUACAAUCUGCCUUGCCUCAGGCCCGGGGAUCGCCUGCCACCAUAUCAUUCAAUGUGGAAGCGGCCAUUACCUCUCCCUCUGCGGCGGCAGUCACACACGACACAUCUGAUUCUCACGGUUUCGACUUGGCAAGCCCGUUCAUCGGUUCAGACUCCGAGUCUGAACCGGAUUUGGAUUUGACCGCGGAUGCGCCUGUGUAUGCGGAUUCGGCCGCAGACUUGGAUCAUGGGGGAUGUUCUUUCACUCGUCGUGCGGCAUGUUUCAAGGACCGGCCCUUGCGUGACCACGCCGCCCUGUUGCAGGGCCAACAUUUCCUGUCAAGAAAAGAAUGUACGGGCUAUAUUGAACGAAUCAAUUUGGAGCAUGGAUGCAGAGGCAUUAGGACUGUGGAUCCUGGCAGACACUACUUUUAUAACAUUGUGUGCCAGUGUAGUAGUUGUCCAUACUUUUUGAGAAUCCACCUCACACAGACCGCCAAUUCUUCCACUACGAAUUACUGGAUUGUGGAUUGCUCAAAGA